AUGACUGCUGAGUGCUGCUGCAUCUACAGGGUGCCGAAUGAUAUACGCAGGCUGAAUGAAGAUUGCUUUACCCCAAAGGUGAUCUCUAUUGGCCCCUUCCACUAUGGGCAUCCUAGGCUACAAGAUGUGGUAAUGGUCAAGCGUCUGUAUCUCAGGCAAUUCUGUCAAAGAAUUUCCAGUACCAUAAGUUUGGAGACGUUAGUCAGCUUUGUAGAAGAGAUUGAGCCUAGCGUUCGUCUUCAUUACUCAGAGCCUAUUGAGCUUAGCCCUAAGGAACUUGUGAAGGUGAUUCUAUUGGAUUCUUGUUUCUUAUUUGAGCUAUUUUGGGGGUCAUAUUAUGGUGAACGGAAUGGUGUUAUUAAGUUAAAGCCAUGGCAAGUCAAUACUGUAACAAUAGAUUUGCUCUUGCUUGAGAAUCAGCUGCCUUUUCCUGAUCUUCAAAGGCUAUAUAGUCGAAUUUUUCCCGCUAGCAUGGCUGACACCCUUCGAUAUCCUCCUUCAUUUCGUCGUCUCACUUUUGACUAUUUCACCCAUUAUAACUAUAAGAAAAUAACAUAUGAGGAAAUGACAUUAGACCAUGGAGAUGUUCCCAUUUGGCACUUCACAGAUUUGAUUAGAACAUUUCACUUACCAUCAUUGAGUAGUCAGCCAGGGAGAUUGGCCAAAUCAGUGACACAUCUUCGGAGUGCAACCGAGUUAGCUGAAGCAGGGGUGAGAUUCAGGAAAAGUAAAAGCCGAAGCAACUUGCUAGACUUCAAAUUUUCAGGACAAAUCCUUGAAAUACCAGAAUUGAAAGUGAAUGGUUUGACUGAAACUUUGCUUCGCAAUCUAGUGGCGUUGGAGCAGUGUCACUAUCCUUUUCAUUCUUACAUCACUGACUAUGUUGCCAUUAUGGACUUCCUUAUCAACACAAGCAAUGAUGUGAAUCUCUUAGUUCAGGAAGGAGUCAUCACUAACUGGCUAGGAGAACCCGAUUCUGCGGCCAACUUAUUCAAUAGUCUUUGGAAGAAUGUCACACACGUAAAUUUCACCCCCCAUUACUCAGAUAUUUGCGAGGACUUGAAUGCCUUUUGUGAAAGUCCAUGUAAUAACCUGAAGGCCACUUUGACACAUGAUUACUGCAACACUCCUUGGCAAUGUGCUGCUUCCAUUGCUGGAGUUCUGCUCCUCCUUCUCUCUUUAAUACAAGCAGUCAGUUCUAUCUUACAAGUGGUGCAGCAAUUUAAGCAAAGCUCGCCACAUUGA